CGCGAUUUUUAAUUCGCCCGUUUUCGGAUUUGGAACGCGCAGUCGCGAAUUUUUUGCUGUCGCGUGUGGUUUUUUUUCUGCUCACGCAUUUAUUAUAUUCUCGCGACUUCACCUUUCCCUCUCCCUUUUUUUUAAAAAUGGACACUUCUUCAGAUCUUUCCGGUACAGAAACUACUUCACGAUUAGCAGCAGAUUCAGCUACUGCUGCUGAUAGCUUAAGAAGACUUAAAGCCAUGCACUUAUCCGAUAUGUCUGACGAUGAAACGAGUAACCACGAGGACAAGGGCAACCUGAAAGACAAUGCUAUUAAUACCCCUGAAUCAACCGGUCUCAACAAGACAGUAUUGAAUAAAACAGCAAAUCUCUCUGAUUCUGACGACGAUGACGAUCUCGAUGCACCAUUUAACGGUUUCGACAAUCUCAAUUUGCCGGCCAGGUUAAAACGUCUUAUGCGAGACACAACACUUACAAAGGACGGCAUUGACGACGAUAGCGAUGACAGCAAUGACGAAAAAGGCGAUCCAAUCCAAGACAAUGCACUGUUUCGUACACCUUCAGCAUUAAAGUCAGCAGCUAUCCAAGAAAUGCUAAAGACUGCACCACCCCCAGCUCCAGCUCCAGCAACUACAGAAUCUUCUUCAAAAGUAAGGAGGAAGAAGACCAUUGAUUUCCUCGAUCAACAUAGCGACUAUAGCAGCAGCGACGAUGACCAACCCGCACACAGCACACCUAGUCGUCGCCGGCGACAGCCACAGAAGAAGCAGCAGCAAAAACCAAAGCCAAAAGCAUCCGCUCGUAAAAAGAGAGCUCCCAAAAAGAGUGAUGAAGGAAAGCGAGGUGAAAAAGAAGGCAACCGCAGUGCUAACGGCAGCAACGACGAGGAUGAUGACAGAGACAGUAGCAGCAGCAGCAGCAGUAAUGAUGAAGCUACAUCUAGAAGUGAGAGACCGCCCAAGCGUAAAAUGUCCAAAAAGGCCGAAAUGUUAAUGCAUCAAGAAAAUCAGCGUUUUGCUCGUUCAGUUUCAGCACGACUACAACCUCGAACAAAUAAGCUGGUGAUUGGCGGUGCUGUAGAGAAGAUCAAAGGAAGAAAACUAACAGAAUCCGCAGUUAAAGAUGGAUGUGGUCUGGCAAAGUUGACUGAGGCGAACGAACCAGCGCAACAACAGCAACCAGAUCGACGACAACGAGCAAUGAUGGCAUUUUUAGAGGAUGACGAUAGCGAUAUCGAAAUUGUUGGAGGCCCAUCCAAGCGUGGAUACGAACUUGCAUCUCCUGACAGGUUGCGCCAACCAAUGCAGUUUUGGCAACAAUCACCUGUACGCAAAACCAUGACCCACCGCGACCUCAACAAAAAAUUGGAGGAAAGGAUGAUGGAAGAAAUGGCGUCAAUGCGUAAAGAAUACGAAGAAAAAGCACGUGCACGCGGCAGUUAUUUAACUCCUGAAGAACGGGCAAAAAAGCAGAUAGAGCUGGAAAAAGAAGCCAAGGUCAUCGAUCUUCAAGUAAAGCAACACUUUUUAAAAGGGAAAGCAGAAGACCGAAAUCCCACCGCUACCAAUAGCAGAUCAGAUGAUAUCGAUGAGGAGGAAGCGCCCUUGAUGUAUUCUGGUGAUGAAGAGGAACCGGAUGACGAAGAAGUAUUACUUGGAUCCGAUGAUGAUGGCGAUGCUUUGAAAAAGGACCUAUUAGACGAUGACGACAAUGACAAAGGCAACGACACUGCAAUAGUAGGCCCUGAAGAAGACGAGGUGAUGCAGGAUCAAGAUAACACAAACGCUGGUUUUGCUGAAAAUGAGGGAGCAACAAACACUGGCAAGCGCAAACGAAACAACGCCAUUCUUAUGGAUGACGAAGAAGAAAAGUCGGAUGACGACGACGAAAGAUCAAAGAAACUCAAGGAAGGACUUUCAUUAAGUGACUUUUUGAAGGACCAUCCUGCUACUAAUAAAGAUACCCCAACAACAACUAAUCCAUCAUCAUCCGAGAAGAAAAGCAAGAGCAAAUAUCUUGAUGCUGAGGCCGAAGAAUCUGAAGACGAAUACUAUGGUGCAGGUGGUGCUGACUUAAGUGACGACGAGCAUUUAGAUCGAUUCGAGCAAGACGGCAUGUUGGUAGAUAAAACUGAUGAGCAUGUGGAUGAAGAAGCGCUGCGAGCAACAUUGAACAACCAACUUGCGGAAACGGACAAGCACAUGGUUGAACGACUGUUGAAGGAUAUUAUGAGCGGUGAUUUGCGCCGACGACGGGCUGCGAAAGAAAUGGGUCUCAUGCUGGAAGAUUUCGAUAUCUACGACGAUAACGACAAUGACCUUGUUGCAUUGAGAUUAGCUGCUGCUGAACGACGUCGCAAGCUAUUGGAAGAAAGUGGGGAUGGAUUGGAGUUACUAGCUAAGGAUCCAAAGACACGAGCAUUCGCACAAGCCGGUCAGCCCUUACCCGAGACAAAUGAUGCUUGUGGCUUGAGCGAUAUAGAGGAAGAUAAUGACCAAGAAAACGAGCCAGGCAGCAAGGUCAGCAUGAUUAUGGAAAGCGAUGAAGAGAUCGAGAUACCCAUUGAUGAUGACAACGAGGAUGAGCCGAUUGACAUUCUCGAAGAGUCAGCAACAAUACACACCAACAUGAUCACAAGCACCAUGGUGGACGAAUACGAGGAAAGAAUAGACAUCAUUGAACGAGUCCGUGACGACCCUGCUUCCAGUCCAACUGCAAGAGCCCAACGACGCAACCGGUUAAGGCACCUAUUGAACGAUGUCAAUAGCAGCUUGGGAUCGACCAGUGAAACUGGACCGCGUAUGGGUUUGACUGCUGCACAGCAAACUAAGGAAAGAAAGGUAAAGAACGAUAGCCUAAAAGAAAUCGCCCCACAGCAUAGUUGUUGCUAUGUGACAUAUGGCAUGUGCUAACAAAAAAGUGCCGUUUUCAUUGAGGUAUCACGAAUGACGACCAAAAAUGUACAAUUCAAUGACACGAGCCCGGUGCCAAAACGACAGCCCAGACUAUUGAGUGUGUUAAAGAACAAAUAGUUAAUAAGAACAAUAAUAACUGCUGGGUUUCUUUUUUCUUCUUA